GGUAAUAUCAGAGGAAAAAGAAGAAAAGCAGGAUGGAAGCAAAAAUAAUCAUCCACAGAGCAUUUCACAGAAUCGUAAAAAGAAGGAUCUUGGGUAUUCAUCUGAGGCUUCUAAUCAAAAAGGAAAAAAUACAGUGAAUGAACAAGUCGAAGGGUUUUCUGAGAAACAUUGCCAGUUGAAGUCCACUCAGCAUGCUAUUAAGAUGGAAGCUUCCCAUGGCAAGAAAGCAGUAAAACAGAAGAAUGUGCAACUGUCCAGAUCAGUAGAGCCAGCCUUGCAGAUGUCAUCAGAUGAAGAGAAAGAAAGUCAUGAAGGAAAUAAAAAUAAACAGUCACAGGUUAAAAAACAAAGGAAGAAGUGUGAAGCUAAUGAGAUAGAAGUAUCUAAAUACCUCUGUGAUUUUGCAACUGAUGACAGUGAUGAUGAUGGAUUUACUCAAAAAAGAAAGGCUGGAGAAACCUACAAUCAGCAGUUUUCUAGGAAGGAGAAUGAAAAGUGGGACAGGCCUACAAAGAGAACAUCUAAGAACAAGAACAAGGUGAAAAAACAAAUACACACUAUGGAUGACCAUGAUGACUUAACCUGGUCAUCUGAGGGAGCCUCAGAGGAUUAUGAGUUGCCUUCCGUUAAUUAUAAGAAUUUGACAUUUCUUGCUAAACAACAUGGAAAGCACUAUAAAGAUAAUAUCAAAGCACUGGAAACUAUGAUUAUUUUUCUAAAAAUGAAGCUAUCUAAAACGAAAGGAAUAAACUUACAGUUAUACCAUCAAAGAUGUGAAUGGGAGCAAAAACUCCACAGUUUGAGAAUUGUCAAAGGCGUGAACAUGAAAGAGAUCUCCUGAACAAAGAAAUUGUCAGACUAAGAUUGAAAGUAGAAAGAAUGAAAAUGAACAAUGAGGAGAUAGACAAGAAACACUUGCAGGACUUGGAAAUCAUCAAAGACAAGACUGAUGAUCUUCAAAAUGUUGUAAAGCUCAG